CUUUACCAUAUUCCUAUGCUCCUUUACUCCGAUGAACCUCCUAGUGAGCUUCUGGAAAUCUGCGAACUCAGCCUGGACAAGAUGGGCGCCGUGUUUGAGGACAGCAAUGUCUAUAUGUUGCAUAUGAUGUACCAAGCGAUGGGAGUCUGUCUGUACAUGCAGGACUGGGAAGGAGCGAUGCGAUACGGGGAGAAGAUCAUCAAACGUUACAGUAAGCAUUACCCAGCAUACUCUCUAAAUGUGGCCUCGAUGUGGCUGAAGUUAGGAAGACUCUAUAUCGGCCUGGAGAAGAAGUCUCUUGGAGUGAAGGCCUUAAAGAAGGUGAGUAGUUUUUAGUGUGUUCUCAUUCCUCACCUGUGGUGGUCUGUGU